AUGAAUUUUGAGAAGACGACGACAAAUAACCCAAAUAAGCAAAGAAUCCUGCCUCUUUGGAUUGAGACAUGGCUUAUAACUUCUGCAAUCAUAUGUUUACUAGAUGUUGGGUUCACAAUGCUUCGACCGCAUACAACCACUGGAGGUUCAUUGGCCACUGUUUAUUAUGGAUGGAACAUCUAUGCUGAUGUCGACAAACGCUAUGCCGAUCCACAUGAUCAAGUGACAACAGCAACAGGCAGAGUAAUGCUUAUUGAAAUCGUGAUGGAUUUUGUCGUCUUUUUCAUGGCUCGACGACAAUCACGUCAUACGGUUCUGACGGCAUUUACAACAUCUUGUUUCGUAUUUUGGAAGACAGUUCUCUAUUUGGUGUUGUUUAUAGCUCCACCUCAGGGAAUAUCCCAUUUUUCGGAAGAAGCUAGUAGUCUCCGUAUUUUCUGGGUAUUCUGGGUAAUGAAUGGUAUUUGGGUUAUCAUGCCGUUCAUGGUGAUGAUGUCAUUGUGGAGCCAACUCAUUCAACCAAAGAACUUUGCUUCAACAUAUGAAUUAUGUGAAUCUGAGAUAGCUGAGCCAGAAAAAAUUAUUAUUCCUGAAAAUUCUCAUUGA